GUGUGCGUAGCUGCGGUUUGAGCGCGUCCGUGCAGAGGAGGCGGGAGCAGAGUGGGGCGCGCUGAGCGACAGACAGCAUCAGUACAACGCAGCGGAGCGCCGCGGUCACAGCGGGAAAGGACGCACCGGUCUCCAGGGAGAAGAGAAGUCGGCUGUGUUUGCUGGACAGUGGCACAUUCCUGACUCACAGAAAAACAAAGAAAAGAAAGAAAAAAAAAAGGGGGUUGGGUAUCCACCAGUGCAGAUUUAGCACAUUUCUGCAAGUCGUUGCAUUUGUUUGGAAAGUAGUAAAACAAUGCAUUCAGAGACGAUAUGCAAAGAUGAGACUCAGAGGAAGUUUUUGGCGACAUUCCGCUGUUUUGUGGUCCUCAGGUGGGACAAAGUCUGGUAGAUUGAGCGUCUCUCGGUCACCUUCUGAAAUGAUGUCUUGUGGCGACGUGCGCGGCGCGCCGGCGUGCGUGUGACUGGCUGACCCACUGUCUUUCAGAGAGAGAAAGGCUGGAUAUAAACAGCAGUCAGGCUGUCAGGCAGCGACGGCUGGAUACCCAGCGCAGGCUUCUUUCCUCUCCCCCCGCUCCUCAGACCCAUGCAGGAUGCCCGGGGAGUGCCGCCGGGGAGCGCUGGUCCAGCUCAGCCCGAGUUCAUGACGCUCUGGGUGACCUCGUCAUGCGUUUUUUGCCCGAGCCCAGUGCCCAUUCCCUUCGGCUUCUCUUCCUCUUUAUCUUCGUGAUGGGGGUGGCCCCCUCUCCGGCACUCACGGCCGGCUGCCCGGACCGGUGCGUGUGCGACGACCAGCUGGUGGUCCAGUGCGCCGGGCAGGAGCUCACCCAGUUCCCCGGCGACCUGCCCCUGGCCACCCGGCAGCUCAUCCUCUCCAACAACCGCAUAGGGGACCUGCCGGCCCUUCAGCUCAAUUACCUGUCCGACCUGGUCUAUCUAGACUGUAGCAACAACUCGCUGACAGAAAUCUCCGAGUCCACUUUCGGGAACUUGCGGAAACUUGCCUACUUGGACUUGUCUUUCAAUACCCUGCUGCAGAUCGAGGACCGGACUUUCGGGCCUCUGGCGUCUCUGGUGAUGCUCCGGAUGACGGACAACCCGAGUCUAGGGGAGAUCCACCCGGACGCCUUUUCGGAGAACUUUGCUCUGCAGGUGCUGGAUGUGAGUCGGAACAACCUGACGGUCUUGAACAUCAGCAGUCUGAUCGCUCUGCCUGCUCUGCGCUCUCUGGGCCUUAGUGGGAACCCAUGGAGGUGCGACUGUGAUACGGAGGACCUCUGUCUGUGGGUGCAGAUAGAGGGAUUCAAGUUCCAAGAUGAGGGCCAGACGAUUUGCCACAACCCUCCGGAGCUGGCGGGCCAGCGGGUGGCGGAGGUCGGCAUGCAGCUGCGGGCGGACUGCCACCGGGGCCUGGGCUACUGGGACUACCUCUUCUUCAUCGCCAUUGGCUUUGUCAUCUUCUCGGCUGGCACACUAUCAGCUUGGGUGAUGGGCGUGCUCAUGGUGCUGUACGAGCGCUACACCAAGCGCAAGAGCGAGGAGCUGGACAGCGACGACGAGGAUGAGAGGGGGCCCAUGCAUGGAAGCGGUGGAGGAGGGAACCAGGGAAACGGGGAUCUGAGCAAACCCAGCAUGCAGGUGUGACAGGCUGGUGUGGAGAAGCACCUGCAAACGUUACUUGAAGGAAAGAUGAGAGAACAGACAUGGAGGAAAAAGAAGCCUCCGCUGUGAACUGAGAUCUGCUUGUCUCUUCUUGUUGCAGAUUUAAAUAUCGCAAAUGCUCUUUAAUAUAUUGAAAAGUGCAUGUUGAAGUGUGUGUGUGUGAGAGAGAGAGAAACAAUCAGAGACAGCAAUAAGGAUGCCUUCAAAUUAGGAGAACAGAAUGACCUCUGAGAUUAUUGAGAGCAAUAACCCUGCACAUGCAACCACGAGUUCCUCCAUACGAUGAAAAGUGCUCUUCACCAACACCUUGUGUGAGUGGCACUCUCAAGCACACAAAUACAGUUCAUCCAGAAAAUAAAGAUAAAGGGGAGGAGGUUCACAAAAUAGACCCAUGCCUUAAAUCUGCCAGAGUGGAAACAGGGAAACUGGUUUAUAUCAGUGUUUAAAAGGUAUUCUCAGAAUGCCCUAAGGUUGAAAUAGUCGCCAUUAGCCGUUCUCUGUUCAGGACGAAAUAUAUCCACGUAGAGUAAAAACUCAUUUUCGGGUACAUAAUGAAUUAGACAAAAAACGAAGUAGUGUGAAUGUACAUAAAACAAAUUAAUCACAACUCACUGAAAUACAAACAACAAACACAGAAAGUUCAGGGACCUGAUGUUCAAAGGUAACUCGUCUGGCUCUUCAUUAAGGUUGCAAAGGGGUGCUGUAAUUCCAGGAACGUUUUAUGGGAAGUUAAGCAGAGAAACCUUGGAAACAUUUCAAACUGGAAGCUCUCCAUAGAAAUCCAUGGAGAUUAACUGGAGACUGGGGCUGAUUUAAGCAAACCACAUCAGACACAAACAAAUAAAUCUUUUUUUUUGUAAUAGGCAGAUAUCCAUGCAACAUACAGUAAUACAGUUCAAAAAGUUACAAUUGACUAGAUUUAUUUGUAGGCAAAAUACAAUUCUUUUAACUAUUUGCUUAAUUUGUUUUGUAGCCUUAUUGACUGACCGCUGGUUAGAUACAAAAACUGACGCAGUUUUGACACAUGUGGGACUCGAGGAGAUUAGCAGAUUUAGAUUAGUUAGUGAUUUCUUUUGAAUGUAAAAAUAUCUUGGUUCCUAAAACGCUUUGCAAGUUUCUAACAAAGCAGCUUGAUGCCACUUAAAACCUUGUUUGAGCUGAUCUUGAAUAUAUGGUGCAUUCAAUUUGUACUCAGAUGUUGGAACUUCAAAGCUCCAAAUUAGGACCCGAAAUUCAGAUUCAAUGAAGCGGCUGUGCAAAUAAAACUCAAUGAAAGUUACAGGAAAAUACUGUUUUUUGCACAUCUGAUGAUUUUUCCAUCUACUUAAAACCAACAAAAUAUGAGAUUGCAAUCAGUACCAAAUAUUUCAGCCCAGGAUUGAUUUUUCUGCUUAUCUGCUUCUACGCUGGUCCUAUAUAUUCAAGACUUUCAACUAUAGGUGAUCUAAUGCAGUCCAGAUUUAUUAAAACCACCUUUCAAAUGUCUGUUAGCUCUGAUAGGAAGCUCUGAAGCAGAUCAACAUUAGCUAAAUGUUUACAGAGCUUAACUUGUUGUAUCUCGUCUCUCUCUUUGUCAAAUAUUCUUUUUUCUACUUAGUUCCCAAAAUGCUCCUAAAUAAAUGUUUUACAAGAGGUGGAGGGUUCUUUAGUGUUUCUAUAGCUGAGUGUUGACCUACCUGACAGAAAGUCUUUUUUAGUCGAUUCUAUCAACAUAACAGGAGGUCUCAAAUAUAGAUUUGGGUUGUUAGGCUUAAAGAGUCACCUUCAUUAUACUAGGCACCUUGACGACAGACCAGUGAUUUUAAUAUUGAGAGAUCUUCUACCACAAGAUCUUGCUACAUCCCUGCUCUACUGCUUAUAUUUGAGAGCUUGUUCCUAUUAUCUUGUAUUGCUGAGAGCUGUUAGCACAGCAACACUUAGCAAGUCUCAUUGGUUCCUAAUGGACAGGUUCAACCCAGGUCUGAGUUCUGAGGCAAAUCGAAUUGCUUCACCUCAUGUGAAGCAAUUGUAAUCAGGCAAAAGUAUUAUUACGCUAAAGAUGAUCGAGAUAAACAGUUGUAGUCACACUUUUUCUCACAAUUACUGCAGAGGAAUAACCUGCAGCCAGAAGUUAUGACUCUGAUUUCACUUCGCCACCAACUGGCAAUGCACAAAUGCAUCAUUAUAGAUGCCCACCUCCUAGUUCCUGGGCCUGCUUUCUAGUUUGGUGUCAUUUUCCUGUUAAAAAUCAUUCCCCUGUAAAGGCCGACAAAGUCUUCCUCUGGUAACACCAAGUGACCUCAUAACAUGUUUGUGCUAAGCAUAGGCUUUUCUUUAGGCUUCUGUGUCUACACUGUGAGCCACACAGUGCAGUAAGCAGAUCUAACAUGCUGGAGUUCCUGAAGUGGGGCAGAUUCAUGGUGGCUGCACAUGAAGAUGGUAAUAAGAGUGAUUUAAUCAGUCAAGCACUCAAUGAUGACUUUACAUGAUGUGACUGGUCUCCUCUCUUGGUUGGCCUUAUGUGCAGUGCACAUUCAAGGCUAGGAAAACGUAUUUAAUCCCUUUCAGAUUUUUUCUGUUUUUGCUUUUUUAUCACACCUAAAGGUUUCAGAUCAUCAGACAAAUUUUAUUAGCAAAGAAAGUGACACUGUUUUUGGAAACAACUGCCAUCUAGUGUUUGUGAUAACUGUAAAUUAGUCGCUAGCAGUGGCAUGGAGGAGUUAUGGCCCACUCUUUAAAUAAUUGUUCUAAUUCAGCCGCAUUGGAGGGCAACUGAUUUAAGUCUGGACUUUGACAAGGCAAUUCCAAAACCCUAAUUCUUUCAAGCCCUUCAGAGGUGGACUUGCUGGCGUGCUUCGGGUUAUUGUCCUAUUGCAUAACCCGAAUGUGCCAGAGCUUAGUGAGUCUCAAACGGAUGGCUUGACAUUCUCCUUUAGGAUUUUCGGUAGUUUCUAAGUUAAAACAAGUAAAAACGUGACAAGACAAAAAAAAAAUCAUCCUGGUUUCACAGUUUAGGAGAAAGGCCUAUUCACUUCUGUGGACCUGCCUGGACCUCAGGGUAACUAGAAGCAAAUGAUCAUUAGAUCUAAGAGGUCAGGAUGCAGGAGAUCAGACAUGGGCAGGAGCCUGUCCAUUCAGGGCCUUAUGGGUAAUCAAUACAAAUUUUAAAUCAAUUCUAAAACAAACAGGGAGCCAGUGAAGGGAGAUAUGUUAAUGCUUUUUUUGUUCUUGUAAAAAGAUGAGCUGCGGCUUUCAGGACUAACUGCAGUUGUGAGAGGUUGGCCUGGCUAACACCAACAUACAGAGUUACAAUAAUCCAGCUGGGAGCUAACAAAGGCAUAAAUCACCCAUUCAAAAUUAUUAAAAGAUAAAAAUGGUUUCACUUUAGAUAAAAAUCCCAGUUUUAAAAAGAAUCUUUUUACUACAGAGUUUUUCCGCUUCUCAAGGCUAAAAUUCUUAUCAAGGAUCACCCCAAGAUUUUUAAAAUGAAAUUUUAGAAACUGCUCCAGGGUACCUAGAGGAGGAGGAGAAGCUCUACGAUUUCCACAGGGACCAAAAAUAAUAACUUUGGUUUUAUUUUUAUGGAAGUUUUGAAAAUUUGAGGCCUUCCAAGCAUUUAGCUUGGUGAGACAGUUAAACAGUGGUUGUGGUAAAACAUGAUGAUUACGCUUUAACUGAAAAUAUAUCUGCAUAUGAAUGAAAUGAGAUGUUAAAUGUUCUAAGGAUGGAGAAUAAGGUGAGCAUGUAAAUGGAAAAUAAAAUGGGUCCAGGAAUUGAUCCUCGAGGGAACUCCACACGUGAGGGGAGCUGAGUGGGAAACAGAUUCUCCGAGGCUUAAGAAGAUACUUCUGUCGGACAAAUAAGACCUAAACCAAUCCUUUGUAGAGCCUUUGAUACCACAUAAGUCCAGCUGGGAGAUCAAAAUAUUGUGGUCAACUGUUUCAAAUGCAGCUGUCAGAUCUAAAAGCAGGAGAACAGCUGAGUUUCCUGAAUAUGUAGCUAGUAAAAGAUCAUUAAAAACCUUUAAAAAUGCAGUUUUAGUGCUGUAGGGGGUUUUAUAGCCAAACUGAAACAUUUCAAGAAUAUUGUGUGCAGCUGAAUAAAAAGUAUCAGUUCUGAAAAUGUUGAUUAAAAAGUUGAAAAGGGCCUAAAAUUUGAAAGAACAAAUGAAUCAAUGUUAGGUUUCUUUAGCAUUGGCUGCAGAAUGAUAAAUGAUACAUAGGUGGAAGAUGAUCAGAAGCCCCUUCUCUUCCAUCCUUCCUUGCCUCCGCCAUGUCCGUAACAGGUAGGAGUUCAGAGAUGAUAAACAACAAACUUCCUGAUGGAGAUGGGGCGGGAAAAGAGUGCGGGACAAUGUCAGAAGUGUGAAUUGUUUCUGACAGACACACCGAUCCGCUUGAGUGAUUGAUAGCAAUGCCUACAUUAAUGUCCUUUGCUGAGAAGGUAAACGCUUAAAGGAUAAAUCUCAAGCAAGCUUGACUGCGUGUGUCACUGAGUAUUCGUGAAUACACACAGGUGUAUUUAUGGCUUCUGGCGGCAUAUCUUAAUGUUGAUGCACACGAGUGGCUUCGGCUUUAUUUAUAAUUUUACAAUGGUGGGGGAACUAGUCAUCAAAGUAACACACCUUAUCUGACACAAAGUGAAGCACAGGAAGCAGCUCACUCUCUGCCUUUCACUCACUCACACACACACGCACACACACACGCACACAUAUCCAACGCAUGCACAGUGAAUCUCAAGGGCACAGCUAAAGUCAGAGCCGCAGGCCUGAGAACAUUAACACUCCUUUUUUGGUCUCUCUUGCCAUGCAUCACCACAUCCUCUUAUCCUCCCCUUCAUCUUCAAUCUGACACCACCAUCAGCUUUCACACAGACACACACCUGGACUCAUAAUUUACCUCAGCUAAAGCUUUAUGCUGUCAUUAUCAGAUCGUUUUGGCCCGAGGGAAGCUUAGAGAGCCGUCUGUCCUUCAUAUGUUACAUCAAAAUCAUUUGGCACAGAAGGACAUGACCUCUCAGCAGCAACAUGCCUGUACUUAUCGGAGAACAACAAUAUUUCCUGUCUGGAGGUUGUGAAUAUUUUCAGUUUGUUGCUGGUAGUUGUACAGCAGAUAGAUAACGGCAGUUAUUUGUGUGUUGUAAGUCAGAGUGUGGCAGUAGAGCAAUUUUUUAAGUGGUGCUAACAUGUCGCUGGGCGGAGCAGAGGACACAGCAAAAAUACCUGAGAUGUUAAAGAACAAGGGCUUGUGUUUGUCGUGUAGAAAGUGUCAAACGAUCAGCUGAGAAAGACAUCUUGGCAGGCCAGUCAGGUGAUCUGUAGAUCUGUAGAGAAGUUGGGAAACUCAUGGAUUAAAGGAAUAUAUAUAUAUAUCUAUAUAUAUAUAGAUAUAUAUAUAUAUAUAGUGAAGGAAGGAAAGUUGUCAGUAAUAUGAAUUUUUCCACCAAAGCAGGUCCAGUACAUAACCCAGGCUGGUGCUACACCCAGUUCUUAGCUGGUUCUGUUAAACAGCUGGUUUGGUUUUUUAACAACCUGAGAGCCAUCUUGUAAUUCCAUGAAUAUAAACCUCUCAUCCAGUAGAUAUUUGAUCCUCUCUCAGCUCUGUUCUGGGACUUUGUGGAGGAUAGUAGAGCAGGGAGACAAUUUAACUUCAAAAAUAGUCUUAGUAAACAGAUGUACUAGUCCCAUUAUAUUAACACAAUUUAAUCACUGACAGUAUUUCACCAAUCAGCUUUUAAAGAGCUGACUGGUGAUUUGAUCAGCGGUAGUAAUGGAAAAACAGUUAAACUAAAUAUAUUCAGUAAGAUUUAUUAACACUACUUCAUACUUCAUGGUAUUUAUAGAUCAAAUGUUUUUGGGGAAAUGAGUUAGAAAUGUUCAAUAUGGAUUCAGUGAAAAAGAUCUGUGAGUGGAUUGACUUACUAAAGAUACAUGGCAAGUGACUGAUCUGAUGUUUUGUAAAUGCUGAAGCAAUAUGUUUUUAAUGUUUUUCUAACCUAAAUUAAGGGAGACACUAUAGGCCUAUACAUACUCCACAAGAACAGAGAUUUAGUCUCUCCCACGCCUGCAGGAGUUAAAAUGACGUCAUUCUUGUUUUUGACAUUUCAUCUGGGCAGGCCUUUAUUCUUGGGUGCUGUCCAACAACUCAUGUAAAGUAUGAAAUGUUCUGGUUAAAAAGAGCUUUGUUCUUGUUCUUGUCACUUUAUGAAAUUUCUCUGUUGUUGCAGAGUAUAUAGAGGCCUUAACUCGGGGGUUUGAACAUGCUGCACACAAUGCUUUGAUUGGUUGUUGGGUCUCUGUGAGCGUCUCUUGAGAGAAGCGAUUCUUUCCUCUGGCCCGCCUCAAAGUUAGCGCAAAGAAAGAAUCAGUUUGCCGGUGCUUAAAUCAGAGCUUACAGCAGCAGAAACACAAUAAACUGGUGCUAAGCAAGCACUAGCACCAGUUUAUCACUGAAACCAGUUUGCAUGGGAAAAAAAACCUCUACCUUCACCUUAUCUUGAGUAGAAACAUGUUUUUUCAAAGUGAGUUUGUUGAAAAGUCGAGAAAUCGUCUGAGUGGUUAAAGACUAACAGUUAGUCAGAUGGUCAUUGUUUUGGGUCAUUUUAACAACAUAAAAAGAAAUAAAUGUGUGGGUUACGACAUAUUAUUAGAGAUUAAUCUUCUACAGGGAAUGUUGUUAAGUCUGUUGCUGUUUUCUCAGCUGGACAACAUCUGAGUUACUGCUCUAAAGUUAUGUGUGCUGAGGCUGCUGGCUGUAUCAGUCCUCCCAAUCAGCUCAUCAGGGGUCCAGGAUAAUUUCCAAACCACUGCAACAGGAAUGCAAUAGGAAAAACAUAGGAAUGUUUCCAUUUCAGAUACCACUGCCCAACUGAUGCCUGAUUGAAAAUGCAAAAACAUUUACUCCAGGGGAAGACGUGGGUACUGGUCUCAAGGUAUACUGUGGUUUUAAAGAAUUCCAGUUUCAAAACCAUCAUACCACUCGUAUGGUCCUUUGAAUAAAAUGCCAAAGAAAGCUUCAAAGUGAGCAGAGUUUGUAGUGAAGUUACUCCACACCCAGGCACUUUUAUUUCUCCUGUUUACAGGAAAAACAGUCGGCACCUUGAAAAUAGGAUGGAAACCAAAGGGUUUCUCCAAUUAUUUUUAUUAAGGGUAUGCUCAUUUGAAAAUCAAGUUGGUCUGCUAAAAGUCUAGAGCAGGUUGUUACGCACAGACAGUAUUUAUUCUAUAUUUUAUUAUAAGUCUUCUACUUCUGAGUGCAUCUGUUAAAAUAAGAAAAUCCCUUAAUAUUACCUACUGUUUUUAGCUGACUCCGUCUUUAUUUUUACUUGACUUUUUGUGACUGAAAUAGCUUUUAUUGUUUGAUUUUCGUAAAACACUUUUCGGUAUCAUGAGCAAAUGAACCAGGUGACUGGUCAACACUCUCAACUGUGUUCUCAAUAACACUUAUAAAUCCUAUAUAGUCAGUAUCCCAUCUAUAAUAAUGAGUAGUAUUUAUCAGCAGCAGAGUAAUAAAAUACAGAGUAAAAGUUAUUGCUUAAAAAAACCAUUUAGAUCAUAUUAUGCGUUUUUUUUCUUUAAGCGUUUGUGUUAAAACUGUAAUACAUCAAAAGUCUGGUAUUUACCAAAAUUUAUCAUACCACGGUAACAAGUCCUAGGUGAUAAGGCAAAUUGAUUCAGGCGGCUGGCUCCUCUAAUGUAACUCGCACAGCAACAGAAAACAGCAACAAACUCAACUUGUUACAAAGUGUAGAAAGUUACAGUAAUAUCCUCUAAUUUAGUGGAUCCGACUACUUAAUACCUAAUAGGUACCUCUUACCAAACAUUCUGUGGAUUUCUUCAUUUUUAUACUAACUCACUGCAAAAUGGCAUUUUUCUACUAUAAGUAAGAUAACUAUUGCUGACAAUAAAUAAAAACUAUCUUAUUAAAGAAUUUACUGCAUACUUUGCCUUUGUUCUGGGAUUAAGAGCACAAUGUUGCCGCUGAGGGGUUACAAAAAUGUCAUGUUGUUGCUCAGAUACUCAUUGCUGAGAGUGUUGAUCUUUGUCGUGAUCCAAGCAAGUGAUGAAUAAGAGCCAGGGGCUGCUUUGAAAUUUCUACCCUCCACUCGUAAUCACUUGACACAUACUGUGUGUGUGUGUGUGUGUGUGUGUGUGUGUGUGUGUGUGUAUGCAAACAAGUUGAAGAUCUCAUGUUGCCUGCUGUUAAGAAAUCAGAGUGCUGUGAUGGCUCGCUGCUGACGCUGCAGAUUUCAUACAUCCCUUAAGAGUCCUACAGUCCUUAGUGUUGGUGUGUGUGUUUAUGUGCGUCCGAAACUGGAUUUCUGACACAGAAUCUGACCUACUGUACCUGCUGAGAAACAGUCUGUUAUGUGUUUUUUUCCCCUGUCAUUUGUUUGAGAUUUUCCUUUAGUUUUGUACCUUAUGAAUCAUAAGCAAUAAAGAAGUUACCGAAGAAUUCUGGUUUCGCUGAAGCUGAAUGUUAGAGUUUGGGGGCUUUAGAGGGACAGAGGUUUGGAUAAGUCUAUUACUGAGUGAGAAUGCUAGGACUCAUUACUGUGAAAUGACUGAGAUGUAGACUUACGUGUGUUUCUAAAAUCAUAUAGACAGUGCCUUGCACAAGUUUACAUAUACUUUGAACAUUUUCACAUAACUCCAUAUCUUUUCAUUGACAGACCAACAGUAGUGCAUAAUUGUAAAGUGAAAGGAGAAGAAUCCAUGGUUUUACAAAUAAAAAUCUUAAAAAGUGUGGCAUGCUUUUGUAUUUAGCCUCCUUUACACUGAAACAGACAUGAGCCAUGUACCGGUAUCAAGGUAUACUAGAGGUUUAUAAAACAAACAUGUUCUGUCAUUCUAUUCUUAUGUUUUAAAGUCCUUUUAAUGAAAUGCUAAAAUGUGAAUUGGACCAGAAGUAUAAUACCAGGACUAGAUGGAAAAAGAGUGAAAAAGCUGCCAAAGAUAAUGUGAUCAUAAAGUUAUUAUACUGUGAGAGUCUCACAUUGUUCCAGUGUCUACCUGUGAGUAAUUUAAUCUCAGUUUAGGGUUGUAACAGUUGUUCUCUUCUACUGCAUAAAUAUAAGACUCUGAAAUUCAAAAGUUGCAUCCAUUCUUUAGACUGUGGAAACCAUCGUGGUUCAUUUCAUGUAAAAUCAAA